CUUCAACCUCGCACAUUCCCUGACGGCUGGGAGUCGUGGCGUACUCCUGUAAUCCAGCUACCUGGAGGCCGGGAGAUGCGGAUGGUUUGAGGCUGGGAGCCCUGCUGCGUAGUGAGUCAUGUUGACUGGGCGUCCGCACGAAGCUGGCCGUCAACAUGGCUUCCUUGGAGGAGUCCGAGGAGGCCAGGUUGCAUAAUGAGGGGCGAACCGGGCCAGAGGGGUAACCCAGCAGCCAAAAGUCCCCGCGGUCUGCAGUCGUGGGAUCGCGCCCGGGAGUGGGAGCUGCGUAGCAGCCCGGCCAAUACAGUCAGACCAUCUCCUUUUUGGACAAUUUUCAUGUCACUGAAAUUUUUUGUCCCCAUUCCACUAUAAUUAACUAGCAUUUCUAUGAACUGAUCAUUAAAAUUUUUGCAUGCCUCGUUUUUGCCCCCCAAAAACGGGUAAAUCGUCGGGCACCUUUAUGCUUUAUGUUUGCUUUUGCUUCCGGCGGGCCGGCGGCUUCCGGCUUUCUUUUUUGACCUCCGGUCACCGUUGGUCACGGUUGGUCACCGUGUGAGCUACACAUGUCAAUUUUUCAAAAUUCAUCGCCGUCCUGUUGAGAUUGAAAGAGUGACCCUAGUUUGGUUCAAGAUGGAUAAUCAUGCUAUGGUCUCUGCAUCCUUAGCUGCUGUGAUUAGGCAAAGCCUCAAUCCAGAUUUUCGGAAGGAGUGCUAUCUACUGCUCGGGGUAACGCACAACAGGGAUGCUCAAGAAGUUAUUUACUCCCGGCUUAAGUUGAGAGGCCCAAAUGCAACUGAGAAAAAAAUUAAGAAUCCCAUCCAAGUGCAGAAUGAUGAUGGUGCCAACAAGUCCAAUGCUGGUUGUCACAAACCAGUUCCUGACCAGUCAGUGAACAUAGAUUCUAAACUGCCAAACAUGGAGCAAGAGUCUUGUGAUGUCUCCACACUGACUCAGGUCUUAGGAUCACAUCAUGACCCUUCUAUGAUUCAGGCCAAUAAAAUGGAAUCCAUAGAUUCUGUGGAAUCAGCUCUAACUGAUGAUGAGUCACAGUUGGAUUGGGACACUGAAGUGUCCAAAUAGAUCAACAACCAAGAAAUCAACACCUACUAUGGACAGUUUCUUUUAAUCUUCCAAUGCAAUAAAUUAUUAUAAAAUAAGAAAUAUUCAAAUACAAUAGACAAGCUUUAACUUGCAGAAAUUCCAUACAAAUGUACAUGGCAAAGUUUGAUUGAAUAGUAUAAAAUAUAACAACAAAUGCAAAGAGA